AAUUUCAUCUCAAUUGAGAUCACGUCAUCGCGCUAAUACCAAUUGCUUGCUUCGCUUCGAAGUUGGAGCUUUGAGUUUCUGCUCCUCGCGUAUAAUUACUGGUUAGUUCCUGGUGUAUGCGUGUGUUUGCAUAUGUACUGUACGUGAGUUUUUGUUUUAUGUAAAUCUUUGAUUUACAGGAGACUGAAAACAAGUGGUUUAGGGUUGUGCUCCGAGUUUAAGGUAAAAAUCGUGGGAUAUUGUACUUGAAUUUAAGCUGCAAAGAUGAUGUCCUUCGAGAUGAACGAUCGUAAGAAAAUUGGACUCGGUUUGACGGGUUUUGGAGUUUUUUUUUCAUUUUUGGGGAUAAUUUUCUUCUUCGAUAAGGGACUACUUGCAAUGGGAAAUAUCCUCUUCUUCUCGGGGGUGACAUUAACCAUUGGCCUCAAGUCAUCAAUGCAGUUCUUUAUGAAACGUUCUAAUUUUAAGGGAACGGUUUCAUUUGGUGUUGGCUUCUUCUUGGUCAUCAUUGGAUGGCCCAUAAUCGGAAUGAUCAUUGAGGCAUAUGGAUUUGUUGUACUAUUCAGCGGUUUCUGGCCCACACUGGCUGUUUUUCUGCAGAAGAUGCCUGUUAUUGGUUGGCUGUUCCAACAACCUUUUGUUAGAUCGUUUUUUGAUCGUUAUCGUGGAAAAAGAGUACCUGUGUAAAAUUUAGUUUAGAGAAGUGCGGAAGAGGCACCUGGGAUCACUUGUAAGUGUUGUAAAAUACUAUCUGGCCAGCAUUUCCAUAUAAGCUGAUGGCAGUAUAGUAUAUUCAGUUUUGAUGAUAUGGGCUUGAUUAAUACGUGUUGGUUCUCUUUGACCUUAUUUCUUCAUCACUGGAAAUGGAAAACCAAUUCUUUUGACGGAGAUGUAAUAUCCAUUCUUUUUAUUGUACUAGUUUAGAAUUGUGGCUUUAUCCUUUCAUUUUCUUUUCCUCAAAUUGGGGCUCUUAAGAUCAGUCUUUUCGCCACAUUUGAGAGACGAAACUGUACUACCAAACACGGCUGUGUUAUCCAUUGAUGUAAUGAAGUAGUCCACCAGAGACACA